GAAAUGUGUUUGAAGUUUGUGUUCUCAGCCUCUGAAUCUGCAAAGUGCGAAGUGUCAACACCGCGAAGACGGGUAGGAUUGUGAGUUCCUUGAAGAAAAUGGCAUGUUUCCCGUUUGAACUUCUCCAAAGGGUCCCCUCCUUUUUCCCCUUCUGUCUUCACGCCAAUCCCUCUUUUCUCUGACCCCUCAAAAAGCAUAAAGAAAAAGCAAAGGAGGAGAGGAAGAAGGAGACAAUCCCACUCUCUCUCAGAUUCCAUUCCACUCCACUCUCUCUCACACUCAUUUUCAUCAUUCCAAAAAAUCCUUCUUUGUUUACAUUAUCUUCUUUCCCGUUUGCUCACUUCCUUGUAUGAACCAAUUGAGAAAGCAGCCAAGAUUCGAACUGGAAAGAUCCUUGAAAUUAUCAACAUCUAACCCAUUCUUCCAAAUCUUUACUUUUCCCCCUCGAAUCCUGUAUAUUCAAUUCAUUCUUUCUCCUUUUUCUUUUCCUCAUAAACCCUUUUCCUUGUCUGUUCCCAUUCUUGCUAUUGUAUUAUUUUUCUUGAACUUUCUAAUACAGGCACAUAUAUAGACACAGAAAUACAGUAUGCGGGUCUGUUAUUGGAUGGGGUGAGUUGAGAUGGGUGGCGUAGGAAGAGUGGAGGUGAUUGGUAGCAAAGGGUGUUCAAAGCUGUUUGUGGAUAUUUCUUCUUCAUUCAGAGGGCUACAACCUCAUUCUUUAGACCCACCAUUGCCCAUGAGCCCAGCUUCCUCUAACACUGUAGUAACAGAAUCGAGGGUCGCAGCUCGAUCCGUUGGCCCACUUUCUGGGCUUGUCAUCUGUGUCACUGGAUUAUCAAAAGAAGCCAGGAUGCAAGUGAUGGAAGCAACAGAGAGGUUGGGUGGUCAAUACAGCCCACAUUUGCAUCCACAUUGUACCCAUUUGGUGGUUCAAAGCUUUUGCGGCCGCAAAUUUGAGCAUGCCCUGAAACAUGGAUCCAAAACUGGUCUUUUGAUUGUUACACUGGGUUGGUUUGUAGAUAGUGUGAGAAAUAAUGUUAGGUUGAGUGAAUCACUUUAUAGUGUCAAAGUUGCCGGAGAAGGUGUCUCUUUGGAUGUUUUCAACCGAAUUGGUCAGAAAGAUGACACUCAGACUUCUUGUCUUCCCAUGGGAGCACUUGAACAUCACAAAAAAUCCAACACGAUUGAAGAGCCACAACAGAAUGUUUCAGAAAGAGAAUAUAUGAGAAGAACUACAGGCUCUCCUUUGUUUGGUCAUUCAUUUUAUGUAGAUGUUGGUGUGUCUGAUGAGCUGCGUAGGAAGGUUGUUGAGGCGGCUUCUGCCCAAGGUGCUACUUUGGUGGAUCAAUGGUUUGUUGGUUGUGGGGCCAGUCACAUAGUGUGCGAGGGAAAUUCUAUUCGGAAAUAUCUUGGUCAUUCUACAAAUAUUGUUACACCGUUAUGGGUUCUGAAGACUGUGAAGGAAAAGCAACUGCAAAGACUUGUUCACAUAUCUGCUGAUCUAGCUAAGCAAACGGGGAUAAUGGUUGAGAGUAUUCAAUCUGGCAUUUAUAGAGAGGGGAAGAAAACGAUAAUAAUGCCGUCUCAACCCUUCCUAGAAAUAAAUGAGGAUAUUGUUCUGCAGGAUGAUGCACCAAAUUCUAUGUCUAGAAUAAGUCAUGAAGAGAGGCAAAAGAUCGUGAACCUGGCUAAAGAUGGAGUAAGGAAGAGACGGGGUAAACGUAUGCAGACAUGCCAAACCCCUAUGCGUCCAAUAACACCAAGUAGCCUUUUGGAUUCCAUCUGCUGGUCAAUUUCGGAGCCAACUUCAACUGCCUCUAUUUAUAUGGACUCUUCUAGCGUCGAAGAUGCUAACCUGCAAAACACAUCUGUCUUCUAUGACGCUAAGGAGGAUGGGAAGGAAUCUGAAUUUUCAUUUGUCAACUUAUCCCGACCACUUAAGGAAAGUGAGAAAUCAGAGCUGGUGCUAAAGAGCCACUUUCUUACCAUACUGUUUCCAGUUGACCGAUUUUCAGAAAUGGGUCCUUGCUCAAGAACAUAUUUCAGUGAUAAUAAUGGCUUUAAGUGUCUGCAGGUCUUGGAUUAUAUAUAUGCAUUUUACCAGGAAAACAUGUCUAUUCAAGAAAUCGAGGUAGCCAUUCACACAGACUCCAGAUAUGCUGAUAGGCUGCGUGCUGUAUAUUGCAGCCGUGAAACCACAGAACGUGGCUAUGCGGAAUUCAAAAGGAUCGAGUUUAUGGGUAGCCGAAAGAGCUUUGAAAUGUUGAAGCGUGUUUCUGGGGAUAAUAGUAGCAAUGUGUAUGAGUUGCUGAUUAGAGCUUGAAGGCAAUACAGAAAACUAAAUCACUUCUUUGGUUUAUUAUGAGUGUCUUCUUGAAAAAAAAAAAGCUGUAAAUAUUUCCCAACAUAAAAAAAAAAAAAAAAGUUUUCAUGCUGUUUAUCCUUGUGCAUGCAAUCUGGACAAUGAUAUUUGUUUUUUUGGUGUGUUCUAAUUGGAACACAACCAUUGUUGUUAUUGAUAGCUGUUUCUUGUGUAACAAA